AUGGCGCUGCGGGCGGGCGGCGCGGCGGGGCGCCUGGCUGCGCUCCUGCCUCUGCUCCUGGCCUUGCUGGCGGCGGGCGCCGUGAACGGCAGCAGCGCGGAGGCGGCGGAGCCCCUGGGCGGGCGCGCCGAGCCGGGUCUGAAUGCCACUGUGUCCACGGAAGUAGAAUUUGGAGUAUGCACAGUUACGUGUGGGAUUGGCAUUCGAGAAGUUCUGUUAACCAGUGGAUGCCCUGGGACUGAAGCAAAAUGUAUUGUCCGUGUGGAGGAAUGCCGGGGGCCAGUAGACUGUGGAUGGGGAAUACCCAUUUCUGAGGGCCUUGCCUGCGUGAAGAUGCCUUGUAUUUAUAUACCUCCUGAAAAUCGAUUUAAAUACGUUUGGAAGAUGUUAAUUCCAAACAAGACAGCACACAUUCUUCCCAAUGAUUCAGCUGUUAUGGAAGUUUGCAGAGAUACCCAUUCGGUUACUUUCCAGUGUGAAACUCAAGAAAAUGGAAAUAUAAUUGCCUCUGUAAAAUACACAGUCUACGCAACAACUGAAAUGCGAACAAAAAAAUCAAGAAUAGAAACAGGGCAAUCAAGGAGAACAACAACAGAUGCCAUUCUGGUCUUUUGCCUGGUAACUGGAAUCAUUGUGACUGUCGGUAUGAUCUUUGCCAUGAUCUUUAUGAUUCUUCGCUGGGCUGUUGUAAAAUCUAUUUGGGAAUCAAAAUCUGGGCAAGACAGCCAAGACAAGAAGCUGGCCAACAAAAGAUCACUGUGUAACAUGGAAUAA